GUAACUGUGUGUACACAUGAGUGUACAUGAGUGGUGACUCACUUUACAGUUGAAUGGAUUAAAGUGAGUUCGAUGAAAUAUAAAAAGAGAGACUAUGCACAAUUAGUUAAAUAGAAGGUUCCGUCAAAUUCUGCCGUCAUAUGCUUUAGUGAAGUUUCAAAUUGGUAGGUUUAGCCAACUAAGGCAGCAUCAGGUGGACUAUGCACUACUUUUUCAUCUCCAUUUUCAUCGUACUGUUUUCCUUUGGAUUUGUGAGUCGUGUGUGCUCUUGCAAGCAGGACCGCGAGCACGAAACUCCGGAUUGGCGCAUGACUUUGAAAACUAUCCGGAACGGGAUUCAUAAAAUAGACACAUAUCUCAACGCGGCGCUUGAUUUAUUUGGAGGAGAAGAUGGAUUGUGUCAUUAUAAAUGCAACGACGGUUAUAAGCCAGUGCCUCGCCAUGGCUACAGACCACCCCCCCCUAAUGGAUGUGGAUCGCCCAUGUUUGGAUUUCAAUUCGACAUUGGCAUUCCAUCUAUGACCAAGUGCUGCAACCAGCACGAUCGCUGCUAUGAUACCUGCGGCAACGACAAGCACGACUGUGAUGAGCAGUUCCAGGUCUGCCUGGAGACCAUCUGCAGGAACGUACAGAGGACUCUGGGCCUGUCCCAGAGUGUCCAAGCCUGUGAGUCAGCUGUGAGCCUGCUGUUUGAUGCUGUCAUGCACCUGGGCUGUAAACCAUAUCUGGACAGCCAGAGGGCCUCCUGCAUGUGCAGGUACCAGGAGAAGCUGGAACUGUGAUACCGUGCGGCCGCAUUUUCACGGCCACCCCUGGAGCAGAUCCUGUAGAGCACCCUCCUUCCAGUGAUUUUUAGAGUUUAUUUCUACUGUUGUUUUCAAGUGCUGCUUUUAGAUUUAUCCCCUCUCAAGUUUUUUUUCUAGCUGACUGCAAUCCAAGGUGAGCUGACCUAGUCUAAGAUCAGAUCUAAUUAGGGUUAAUGAAAUAUACAAUGUGUCAACCUUUCAAAUAAUGUGCCUUGCUAUAACUGAUUUAAAGGGAUUUAAGUGCACUGUACACUGUACACAUAUUGUACACUGUAAAUAUUGCCGGAAACAACAGUAUCUUGGCUGAAACUGUUUUCAUAAUUGAGUAUGUUUGUUUAAUUAACUAAGUGUAAUUAAGCCACAUUAAAUGUUCUGUGUUAUAUUAUUUGUUUUCAUCUUUACAAUAUUGUGCAUUGUGUGUUUUGUGUGAAAAGCUGACCAGAUAUGAAAAAUGAGUGUCUGUGUUUUUUCUCUGGUUUUGAUUACUGAUGUUGAUUUAUGCUGUUGAACUGUACU